AUGCACUCCAAAAUCUUGUGGAAAUCAGCUUCAGCUCUUACAGGCUCUACAGAGGAGGAUGUGGAUCAAGGAAAGGACCGGGAUAUAUUUGACAUAAAUGAAGAAGCAGGACUUGAUCUGGUAGAGGGAGACUUGGUGAUUGAUGAACUGGAUGGCAAGAACACUAUAUUGGGUGAGCAGUAUCGUUGGCCAACCACUGUGCCAUACUACCUAGAGGACAGCCUAGAAAUCAAUGCUAAAGGAGUGGUACUGAAAGCAUUCGAGCAGUACAGACUCAAGACUUGUAUUGAUUUCAAGCCCUGGAGUGGCGAACCAAACUACAUUUCUGUGUACAAAGGUUCUGGGUGUUCCUCAUCAGUGGGAAAUCGACGAGUGGGAAAGCAAAGGUUAUCCAUUGGCAAAAACUGUGAUCGGCUUGCAACAGUGGAGCAUGAGUUCCUGCAUGCUCUAGGUUUCUGGCAUGAACAGUCUAGAGCUGACCGGGAUGAUUAUGUCAGCAUUAUUUGGGACCAGAUUGAAGCAGGUAAAGAGCACAACUUUAACACCUAUGGUGACACAGUGUCCAGUGCUCUAGGCAUUCCUUACGACUACAUGUCAGUUAUGCACUACAGUAAGACCUCCUUCAACAAGGCCAAUGAACCCACAAUCGUCACCAAGAUCCCAGAGUUCAUGGAUGUUAUAGGUCAGCGCAUGGAGUUCAGCUCCAGUGACAUGCUCAAGCUUAACAAGCUGUAUAACUGCACCAGAUUCUCCACCUUCAUGGAUUCCUGUAGCUUUGAACAGCCCAAUAUCUGUGGUAUGAUCCAGGGAAACCAUGCCAAGUGGGCGCGAUUUAAAAGUGCAGAGGGUGGUCCAAACACUGACUACACCACCUUGGGCCAGUGUAAUGGUGCAGGUUUUUUCAUGCAUUUUAGCACUGCUACAAGAAACACUGGAGACAAGGCUUACCUGGAAAGCCGUCUGUUUUACCCUAAAAGAGGACACCAGUGCUUACAGUUCUACCUCUACAACAGUGGGGGAGCUGAUGAUCACCUGAACAUAUGGGUGCGCGAAUAUGAUAAUGAAAACAACCCUCAAGGAGAGCUGAGACACAUUCAGACAAUUACUGGUAACAAUCUGAACUCCUGGAAGCUUCACCAUGUGACUCUGGAUGUGUCCCAAAAGUUUCGGGUAGUGUUCGAAGCAGUGAAGGGCCUGGAAGUGUCAAAGGGUGGUCUGUCACUGGAUGAUAUCAAUCUCUCAGAAACACAAUGUCCUCAGUUUCAAUGGCAUAUCCAGAACUUCACCGGCCUCCUCUCUACUACACCAGCUAAUUCCAAGAUCUACAGCCCCACUUUCUUGUCUCCUGAUGGCUACUCUUUUCAGGUCAGCCUUUACGUAAAUGGAAAGUCAAGUAGUCCUGACCAGAUGGCCGUCUAUUUCCACCUGACCUCUGGGCCUCAUGACAGCAAGUUAAAAUGGCCAUGCCCAUGGAGACAGGCUACUAUUGCACUGAUGGACCAGAAUCCUAAUAUUCAACAACGCAUGGAUAACCAAAGGAUGAUUACAACUGACCCCAGCAAGACCUCCACAGACUCUCUGGGUAAUGUAGAAUAUUUCUGGGAUGACCCAAGAAAAGUAGGGAGUCUGGUGAAGAAUCCAGAUGGUACUUCUUAUUACCGUGGGCCAGGCAGUGGUACCAGCUCCUUCAUCACACACCAUCGUCUGAAGAGUCGGGACUUCAUCAAAGGGAAUGAUGCCAUCUUCCUGCUCAGUCUAGAAGAUGUGACUGGACUUUUGGAAACUCAGCCCAUACCCCAGUCUGUCACAUGUGGUGCGGGUUGCCAGAAGGAGAGCUCUUCACCUGUAACCUCCACAGCUACAGUGAUGGCUGGUGCUUUCAUGGGAGCAGUCAUGCUUUUAAUGGUGGUUACUGGUGUGGUGUACAGUUUGAGAAAGCUCCAAAAGAGAAGAGAAGCAGACAGAGAGGCAGGGAUGGUACCAGAGAUAGUAAAUGGCUAAACUGCUGAGUUAGAUCACAAAGCUGAACAAUGGAUGACAAUUAUGGCUUCGACAGA